AUGUCUCAAGUUCAAAGUUCCGCGUUGGCGGAUCUUGAGAAAGAGCUGGUAUGCUCGAUUUGUACCGAGCUCCUCUACCAGCCCCUCACUCUCCUCGACUGCCUCCACACCUUCUGCGGAUCCUGCGUGAAAGAAUGGUUCUCCGCACAAGGGUCGCGUCGCUCCCAUGCCUCGCCUCGAUUUACCUGCCCGUCCUGUCGCACCGAAGUGCGCGACACCCGCCCAAAUGCCACCGUCACGACCCUGCUGGACAUGGUCCUGACCGCGCACCCCGAGCGUGCUAGAGCUGCAGAUGAAAAGGCGGAAAUUGCUACGAGGUACACACAAGGCGAGUCGGUGUUCCCGGCACUUCCUUCGGGCCGGGAGAGCGCGGAGGAUGGCGAGGACGAUAGACGCUUGCUGGAGGAUGUACGCGAGCUGAGUCUACGCGAAAGCCGGGCACAAGCUAGGCGCGAGGCCCGGCGAACGGGCCAGUCUUCGCGGACGCGCGAGAGGAGCACCCAUACCGAGGGAACUGCGGAGGACGCCCGGUCAAGGCGGAGGAGGGAUGAGGAUCCAACGCGGCAGCCACGUACGUUGCGGCCCGAUGAUUCGGACCGUGCCCGACGGGUUGAACAUCAAUCUAGUCUGCGAUCAUUAUUGAGUUUGUCGUCGGAUGCGGAGACUAUGGAGGAAGAGAUCUUGCGGCAAAUUCUCGAGGACGGAUUACUGGACAAUAUCAAUCUUGAGAAUCUUGGGCCGAGGCAGGAAGAGGAACUCAGUGAACGCAUCGCGGACGCUUACCGUCGGAGGCAUAUGCAAAGAUCGCAGUCUCGACAGCGACAGGAACAGGGAAGAGAACAGCGGCAAGAGCCUGACGGAGCUGCGCGAACACAUUCUCGGUCUCAGUCCGCCCAGCUGACGGAACCAAUGGCGACUCGAGAACAUAAUGGUAGACGCCCGCCACUUUCCAGACCGCAUCUGUUGGAUUCGGCUCCCGCGCGGCCGAGCACCGCGGGCCAUCCAGGUGCGCGCCGAAGGACCUCGCCCGUCCGAAUGAACCCGGCGUCUGCAUCGGAUGAAGCUAUAAGGCCUGCUGCUAGAUCCUCGAGUGAUAUCACUACGGAUCGCCACCUCUCUCAGGCUGGGCGCUUACGGUCGGGAUCAUCGUCAACCAGGCCGCGACGUGCUACAGAGUCAGAGCAGAAUAUUUCUAGAGCGUGGGUGGCCGGAGGACGAGAACGAAGCUCAUCCAGACCGACCACGAGCCAAUCAGCCACGAGCUUUCCCACUUUUAGCGCUGCGCCUUCUAAUUCAUUCCGUCAUACGAGUCACACCGAUCACACCCUUCCAGCAUUAUCCUCGCCCCUUGUUCCAGUCCGGUCAGACAGACGAACGAGACCAUCUUCGUCCCGAUCGAACGUUCCUGCAUCCCCCAUUGUACAAUACCCCGAACCAUCCAUCUCCUGUGACCGUUGCGGAAAGAACAACAUUCAAUAUAACCUGCACAAGACAUGCACAAGUUGUAAGGAAGGGAACUUCAACCUGUGUCUACAAUGUUACCGCGCGGGACGUGGCUGUCUUCGAUGGAGUGGAUUUGAUGCCUCCGCACACACGACCUUUCAACGAAUCAUAUCGUCGUCUACUCGACGCCCUUUACAAAUUAACGACUCCGGCCAUGACUUAUUGUGGUUCAAAUACCUGCGGCCCUCCGAGACUGCCCAUCAAACCGUGAGCGGGGAAACCAAAAUGACCAACGACAACCCAGCCCGCCGGCUACAAAGCGGUCUCUUCUGUGAUACGUGUCAAUCGUCGACAAACGAUUGUUUUUGGAAAUGCAGCCACUGCAACGAGGGAGACUGGGGUUUCUGUAACUCCUGCGUCAACCAAGGACGAUGCUGUACCCACGCCUUAUUGCCCAUCCGGCGCAUUACCAAUAGCCCAUCUCCCCCUGCACCGUCCCCCACAUCACCGGCUGGAUCAAAUACCCUCACGUCAUCCGAGAUCGAGAGCUUCAAAAUCCUCUCAUUCUCAACCAACUGCGAUAUCUGCACAUACCCAAUCCCAGCCUCAAACACCCGCUACCAUUGCUUGGAAUGCAAUAGCGGUGACUACGAUGUCUGUACAAACUGUUACCUCAAACUUGUGGCAACGGGCAAAAUCAACAAAGAGAACGGACACAACGGCUGGCGCCGCUGCCUCGCCGGCCACCGUAUGAUAGUAGUCGGCUUCGAAGACCACGAAGAAGGCCAGCGCCGCGUCGUGGUGCGCGAUCUCGUGGGUGGCCGCGCCCUGAAAGACGAGCACGUAGCACAAUCAAAAUCACAAUCACCAACUUCCCCAGCAUCGGGUUGCCCAGUCGCAUCCCCAGAGCUAGGAACCGGUGACUGGAGCUGGAAAGAAGGCCCCGAGCGCCGUAAGAAAGCAUCCCGUCUGCGCGCCGGACAUGCUCCUACAAACAGUAUCACCGGAAAUAAUUCCGAUCCCUCAAAUCCAGCACAUUCCAGUACCGCGAGUCCGGUUCAGGGCAUCCCGCCCUUCCGCCGCUUCCCGCCUGACGGUGGUGUCGGGCUCAUCGUCCACGCUCUGUGGUCCUGGUACCCAGAAGUCGAAGACGAGCUUGUUUUCCCGCGUGGUGCGCAUAUCACCGAGGCGGAGAAUAUCAAUGAUGAUUGGUUCUGGGGAUGCUAUGCUGGUCGGACGGGACUGUUUCCUGGUUCGCAUGUUGAAGUUAUUGGUGAGAUCCAUAGGUGA